AUGUUGCCAACAUUGGCAAAACUCGCAUCGCUCCUCGGGGUGACGGCCGUUACCGCCAAGGUAAUCGUCAUACCCGGCGGUGACCCGAAACCGUAUACGGGGCCGGCCGCCAUCACAUCGAUUGACACCUUUUUCCAAGAGAGCGUCAAAGGCGAAUUCACGAGCCCCGACACCGAGGUGCUCCUCUCGUCGCUCGAGUUUGAGGAUAUCACGGAGAAGACGGGCCUGCAACCCUCGGCGGACAGCUUCCUCCGAGGCGCGCUUCAAGCAUGGGGCCAGCACCUGCACCUGGUGAUCAGGCCUGAGGAGGUGUGGUUCACCAUUCUUGUGCAAAUGAACUUUUACAUGAACACGCACGCCGAGGAGAUUCGGGAUCUCUUUGUCGACCACGAAGGGAAAGAAAAGAUUAGCGUGGAGGACUAUACGUGGUACCUCGUGCUGGAGCGCUUCCAGUACGAAAUCCAGGACCGCGUCAAGACGGACUGGCUCCUCGAGUGGAUCCAACCCAACUUUACGACGACCACGGAGUCGGACCGCAUGACGGCCAACGUCCUGAUGAUGGGCCUCAUGAAAGCCUACUUCGACUACGAAGGCUCCAUCAUCUGUGGUCUCCCUUCCGUCACCCUCCUCGGCGAGAAGAGCGACUGGGAGGCCCUCUACGACAAGCUCGACCGCCUGAGCGAGUUCGGGGCGGAGCCCACCGAGUACCAGGCCCGGCUGCGGCCCAUCCUCUCGCGGACUUUGGAACAGCAUCGUGGUCGCCGAGGCGGGUGGAUCUGCGGCGACCCGCCUUACUUCCUCAACGGCUGGCUCACGGGGUUCUGGUACUGGGAUGCCUCUGGCCGAGAGUUUGCGCGCAACGACUACGGCGUGGCGACCUACGACGGCGUCACCUACGCCAGGGUGUCCAUUGAGAGGUUGCCCGUCGGCUACGCGCAGGCCGAGUUCACGAUGCUCGACUUUAGGGAGGUUGAGAAGUUCCAGGCCAUGGUCUUGGCUGGUACUCUGGGGAAGAGGAUCACGGAGGGUUACCCCGACGGCUAUAUCGAGGCGUAUAAGCGCGCGGCGAAAGCCAAGAGCGCCGACAAGAAGAACAAGGACGACGAUAACGACGAGGAAAUCGAGGUGGAUGAUGACCCCGCCAACCACGGCACGAUCCAGCCGAGCUCUGGAUGGCUUCUUUACGGCCCGGUCGACCACGAGAGGAACGCAACUUUGCCUCUGAAUGCCGAGCUGGGGCCCUACCGGGAUAUCUUACGGGUGACCUCUGCGCCAGCAGGCCAAUAG